AUGUUUCUGAAGAUCGUGUUACCAGCUCCGCAGCCAACAUUCCAAAUGGGGAAGAUGAUAUACGCGCCAGCGAACCUCAACAUCUUCUUCCGUAUUCUGCACCACCUGAAGCAAAUCGGGUAUCCAUCGCACUGGCUCGCAGAAACUCUUGCCAACAUCCUCUCCAACACUCUUGAGACGUCUGCGCGGGCGCCGAAAUCAGCCCCUCUGGACAUCAAGGAGACACAAGAGAUGCGCAAGCAAACAGUCAGGAAGACGAGCGUGGCACCAUUCGUCACCGAGAUGACCACUCUAGCCUCCAUAUGGCUACCAGCACUCGGCUUCAGUCUUCUACGCGCCUGCAACGUCCCGCCCGCGAGCACGAUCCGCAAGUACAGCCUAACAUUCAACGACGUGAUAACGGCCGGCUCGAACUUUCCACACACGGUCCUCGUCUUCGCCGACUGUAGCGCCUUGGGCGAUGGCUCGGCCAUCCUCAUGGAACGGCCUCUUCGAGCAUUUCUUCUCGAUCGUCAAGACCGGGACCCGGACAUGCGGCGGCCGCACUUCAACGCGCUGCACUCCAGAGGCUUGCACGUUGUCUCGACGUGGAUCUCCUGGACCCUUGCUUGGGGUUGGAUUUUUUUAUUGUAA